UUCUCUCUCCAUAUUCUGAUGAAUAAUAUAUAUGGGUGUUUCUCUCUGAUUUCCAUGUGCAGUAGUAAUAGUUUCUCUCUCUAGUUGAAGAGGAUGGAAACGUACAGUCAUCAUGAAGACCAAGAAGCGUUGAUGUUCCACGCCUAUCCAUGUGCAUACUACGUUCAAAGCCCUUCCACCAUCUCCCAUGCAAACAGUGCCGAUCAUAUCCGCAACCCCACCAACGAAGACCAAUCCGCCGUCACCCUGCAUUUCCACUCCCCCACACCCUCCGAAUCAGCCAUCCUCACCAAGAACCCCGACGUUUCUCGCUUCACCCUUUCCCGUUACUCUUCCUCUCGUGGAUCCAACAACUCCUUCUUGCAUGACAAAAGCAUCGUCGCUGCUGCCGAUCACAAAGGAGGAUUCAACCGCCUCAUCAUGAUCGACCAUGGGGUCGGUAAGGGUGAUCAAAAUGAUGAUGAUGAUGAUGACAAUGAUGAUGAAGAAGGACAAGGGUUUUAUGGGAAGAAAAAAGGGUGGUGGUGGAGGUAUUGUUCUUUUAGAAGCUCUAAUUCUUGUGCCUGGAUUUCUUUACAAAUAUGUUGGAGGCUUGUGUUGAGCUUAGGAUUUGCAUUGCUUGUGUUCUACAUUGCUACGAAGCCACCACCUCCUAAGAUUUCUGUUAAGGUGGCAAGAGUAGGUGAAUUCGGACUAGGGGAAGGAGUGGACGGCUCAGGUGUUACAACCAAGAUUCUAACCUGCAACUGUUCUGUGGACCUGCUCGUUGAAAAUAAAUCAAAGCUCUUCGGCCUCCACAUCCACCCUCCAACCAUGGAUUUAUUCUUCGGCCGCCUGCCUUUCGCUAUCUCACACGGACGAAAGCUAUAUGCACAGAGUUCGAGUCCAUCAAGGUUCCAGCUAUCGGUGGGAACACGAAGUAAACCGAUGUAUGGCGCAGGGAGAAACAUGCAGGACUUGCUGGAGUCGGGAAUGGGAUUGCCACUAGUGAUUCGUUUGAAGCUGAGCUCCAAUUUUCGAGUUGUAUGGAACCUUAUAAAGCCUAGGUUCCAUCACCAAGCUGAAUGUUUAUUAGUCCUUGAUGACAAAUACGACAAGAAACACCGAACCCAAAAAUAUAACAGCACCUGCACUAUCACUUCUUCAUAGAACCAAGUCUGCCCCUGCCCCAGCUGCCGCUUCAAUGAAUAUGAACAAAAUCACCAUUUCCACCCUCUUUUAUAUAUAUUUGAGUUUGCCGGAAUUUGAUUCUGGCUAUUAGAACUAAACUCUAUAUCAACAAGUUGUGUAUUAACACAAACUGUUGAAUCUUUUGUUAUCAAAUAUAAUAUACACUAAUGGUGCUAAAAAUACCUUUCUACA